AUGAAGGAGGGAAUGGGGAAGGUCGCGGUGAAAGCCGCAGUGAUAGGCAUCGCGGCAGCUGUGGGAGUGGUGACAUUGGUGGUGCGGAAGCGGAUGAAGUGCUCCGGGAGGUGGGCAAGGACCAUGGCUAUUGUGAAAGAAUUUGAAGAGAAAUGUGGGACUCCCGAUAUCAAACUUAAGCAGGUGGCCGAUGCCACGACGGUGGAAAUGCACGCCGGAUUGGCUUCGGAGGACGGGAGCAAGCUGAAGAUGCUCAUUUGCUAUGUGGAUAAUCUUCCAACAGGUGAUGAAGAAGGAGUCUUUUACGCAUUGGAUCUUGGAGGGACAACUUUCAUUGUGAUGCAUGUGCAAUUAGGAGGCAAAGCUGGUGGUAUUGUUCAUCUGGAAUUCACUGAGGCAUCAAUACUCCCUGCAUUGAUGGGUGGAACUUCAGAUGCACUCUUUGACUAUAUUUUGGAAAAACUAGCAAAAUUUGUUGUUGAAGAACAAAAAUUCCAUCAACCUCCCGGAAGGCAGAGAGAACUUGAUUUCAGUUUCUCGUUCCUUGUGAUACAAACUUUAAUAAAUUCUGGUGCUCUUAUUCGAUGGACAGAAGGCUUUUCCAUAAGUGACACUGUUGGCCAAGAUAUCUUAACUAAACUGACAAAAGCCUUGCAAAGAAAGGGUAUUGAAAUGUGGGUUGCUGCUCUGGGUGUUGAAAUGCGGGUUGCUGCUCUGAUAUUUGAGAAGAUAACUUCUGGCAUGUACUUGGGAGAAAUUCUGCGCUGA